UGUAUUACAUAUUAUUGUUUAAACCUUAGUAACGUAAAUUGAAUAAAUAACAUUUUAAAUGAAUAUCAAAAUGAAUACCAAGAAUAAUAAGUUGAAUUUUAUGCGUUUACAUAGGAGUUUAGAGUCUUCAUUAUACCCAUCUUUGGUCCGCGUGCUUAGUGAGGCACAUAGGGCUGAUGCUAUAAGUUAUAAUCAUAAGUUUCAAAAAAUUUUCAUGAAUAGACUAGCAGAAGAUCUAUGGUAUAAUAAUCCGUUGCAUCCAGAACGUGAAAGGACAUCUGUUUGUAGUAUGCUAUUUGCUGUGAUUAGUAAUGACUUAUUUCAAAUACCAGAUACAUUUUCUUGGGGCUUAUCACGAGAUCAAGCGGCUACUAUUAUACAGUCAGCGUAUCGUGCACAUAUAGUCCGGAUACAGCCUGACGUGGCGGAAAUGAGGGCUUUCUGGCGAACUCUGACGACCAAAGGCCGCAAGUAGACGUGUUGAAGUAGUAGCUUUUGCCCUUUGUCAACUACUCCAAUCAAAAAGAAUGAAUUUAACUGUGGAAUUUUUUUUAGCUAUUAUAAUGUUUUGUGUACACAUAUCGCAACAAUGUUCUCGAUUUUUCGAAUCAUUACCGUCGACAUGCAAGUAAAAUAUCUCCCCUUACUGUAUGUACUAUGAAAUAUAUCACCAUUUUUUUUUU